AUGCAACAGGGUGCCCUGUCUGACCUGGAUGAGGCCAUCGAGCUUUACAGAGUUGUACUUCCAUUCCGUUCCCCUGGUCACCCUGGUCGAUCCACGGCUCUCAACAAACUUGUCAUCAGCCUUCAUGACAGAUGGAGGCAGCGGGGCUCCCCAUCUGACCUGGAUGAGGCCAUCAAACUCUACGCUGCCACCCUAGCACUGUGUCCCCCUGGCCAUAUUCCUCAAUUGGAGUAUAACAACAACCUUGCCACCAGCCUUCGUGACCGAUUUCAGCAGCACGGAACCCUGUCUGAACUGGAAGAUGUCAUUGAGCUCCACGGAGCUACACUCAUAUUCUGUCCACCUCACCAUGCUCUUCGAUCCAAGCAGCAGGGUGCUCUGUCUGACUUGGACGCGGCCACCGAGUUCUACUGGGCAGCACUCGCACUGCGUCCCCCUGGCCAUUCCCUGAUCUAUGUCUCAACGACUUUGCCACCAGCCUUCCAACCGGAUUCGCGGAAUGUGCCGCCCUAUCUGACCUGGACGAGGGAGGCCAUUAAGCUCCAUCUAGCUGCAGUCGCGCUCCGUCCCCCUGACAAUCUUAGGCGAUUCGUAUUUCUCUACCACCUUGACAUCAACCCUGAAACCAUGCCUAUAGGCUGUAUACGCAGCUCUCAAAAGUUGCAUUCAGUCUCUCGCCACUGGGGUACGCCCGAUGAACAGAUAAAACACCACUUUGCCUUGCUUACCGUAUUCGUUCACAUAUGGGCUUAGUUUGAGACUCAGUACUCAUUCCCCGAUCUUUUAAACAUUUGCAGUGCCGAACUUAUACUCUGUCGUGUCGGCAUAAAUUAUCAUAUAGUUUUCUUGAAACAAGUUCCAGUGAUUCUC